ACCAGCACGCGCUAUUGAAAAUCCCUGAUAUAAAGGCAGCAGACGGCGAUCGGUCAAAUUUGCAACCGUGUCCGUGACCGCUGACGUCACGGUCCGCGGUUUGUCCGCAUCGAUCGAGCCAGAAGCAGGGAUCGAAACGGGGGAAAACAAGAAGUAUCCAACAACACAAGAUCGCGGAAGAACGCCCUGAAAGAUCACGGGAGGUGGUCUGAACACAAUUGAAAGCGCUUAUUUGGAGGGCUGCAAAAAAUACUGAAGAGCGACAAUUUUUCUCUCCAAAAAUAGCACCAUGUUGAACCGCGAAACUGGCGAGAUGGAGUACGACACGGUCGGCGGGUACGACCGGGAGCGUAUCUAUCUGGACAAGGAGACGGGUGAGGUGAGCAGCUACCCAGCGGAACCGACCAUCUUGAGCCACCGGCGGCGGAGCAAGUUCCUAGUACCGAAGCAGUACCUCCGCAACCAGUCGGGUAUCGUCGCGCGGCGGCCUGCAUCCGCGACGAUCGGUUGUGCGGCCGCGAUCACCAACGCGUGCAAGCAAAAGAUGAUUCCGAUGACGAAGGAGGAGAUCACUGUUGGCUAUAACAGUGCCGCUCAUCUGCUCUACCUGCUACCGUUGCUGUUCAUGACGCCCAAGCUGUUCGCGCUCGUGAUUUCCUUCGUCGAGAUGAUCCUACACGUUUGGGCGCACCGGAAAACCGGAACCAACGGCAACCCGUCCGUCUACUACCGCAGCCCGAUGCACGUGGUGACGCGGAACUUCUGCGAGAUCUGCCGCCAUGAGCGGCUGAUGGGGCGAGUCGGCAAGCUGCAGGACGUACGGAUGAAGCAGAUGCAGAACUACUUCCGGAAGGUCACCCGCAACAUUGCCUGAUGAGGAUGAUGAUGAUGAUGAUGAUAAUGAUGAUGGGAGAGGCCAUUACUUCAUAUCUUCUACUAUUACCGGUCUUUUCCUGGAAGCCCUUCUGCCUAUGUUAGAACGUGGGUUUUUCGGGUGGGUUGACCCAUAAUGUGAAAAUAAGAAGUUUUUUGUUUUAUUUUUUUAUUUUUUUAUUUAAACCGCGGAAUAAAUGCUGUAGUUUUGUGUAGGAAACUUACUUACUUAUGAGGCGCCUGACGAAGCUCUAUCCGAAACCGGUCACCGUUGCUCGCCACAUUGGUCCUAUUCCCUAUUCCGGCUUUGCUAGCGGCUUCGUCUGCGCCAUCCUUCCACCUCAAUUCUUUGUAUGUAGGAGAAUUCUUCGCAAAACAUUCGAUCACGCCAAGUAAUGUACGAUUUAUUUUAUUGAAUAAAGCAAUCGAUGUAACCACGG